AUGGCCAGCACUCUCAAGAAGCUCUUCCCUUAUAAGCCACCAGAGCUUGCGAUAGAUCAUCUUAUCAUUGGUGGUGGUGUCGUUGGACUCGCGGUGGCCCAGAAACUUGCCGAGAGAUUUCCAACGCGAUCGACCUAUCUCAUCGAAAGACACGAGAGAGCUGGCGAGGAGACAAGUUCGCGCAAUUCUGAAGUCAUCCACGCCGGUAUCUACUACCCACAGAGCUCGCUCAAGACACAGCUGUGUGUGCGAGGACGCAAGCUGCUCUACGACCGCUGCAGAAGCCACAAAAUCGAUCACAAGAAAACGGGGAAGCUAGUGAUUGGCACGUCACAAUCCCAGUCUCAAUACCUGCGUAAUCUGCACGCACACACCCAGUCAGAGAAGGUCAAUGUACCUACACAGCUUAUCAGCGGCGAGGAAGCGCUCAAAUACGAGCCAGACUUGUCCAGGACAAUCACUUCAGCUUUGUACAGUCCAGAGACUGGUAUAAUAGACUCACAUGGCCUGAUGGACUCAUUCGAGAAGGACAUCGGCGAGACGGAGUCCUGUGAACUUGUCUACGGAACUAACGUGGUGAGAAUUGACCCACAUAACAUUGACAGCGCAAGUCGCAAGGGAGAAGGAGACGAUCGUGGGUAUGUGGUGCAGAUGCUGACAGAAGGCUCGGAUAGGACAGAUGCGUUGUUAGCGAGGAGCGUCAUUAACUGCGCCGGACUGAAUGCCCACACAAUGCUAAAUAUGGUCCUACCUCAAGCUGAACAGCGCACAUUGUGGUAUGCGAAAGGCAGCUGGUUCCAGUACAAGGGUCCUGGGGUGAGUAAUGUGUCGCAUCUGCUUUAUCCAUGUCCAGAGCCCUCGUUAGCUGGUCUAGGUACGCAUCUCACUCUGGGUCUUGAUGGUACUAGUGUGAAAUUUGGCCCGGAUGUCGAGCACCUGCCGGAAUCAACGGAAAUAGACUACUGGAAGGAGCACUUGAAGCCAUCUGAAAAGAAUAUGGGUAAAGUGAUAGAUGCUGUACAGAAGUAUCUUCCAGGCGUCGAUCCAAAUGGGUUUUCACCCGAUCAAGCUGGGUUGAGGGUGAAGCGGUACCCGCCAAGCAGCAACCAAUUUUCAGAUUUUGAGAUAAUACACGAUGCAGAGAAUACACCAGGAAUGAUUAGCUGCUUUGGUAUUGAGAGCCCUGGGCUGACUGGAUGCAUGGCCAUAGCAGAGGAGGUGGAGCGGCGGAUAAGCGAGGAAGUGUGGGGCGCUGGAAAAGGGAAGAGAGUAUCAGAAGCGGGGAAUCCAUCAUCAAUGUCAGGACAAUCGUUAUACAGACACCUGCGCAACUGGUACAGAGUUGGAUUGAGGGAUGCAUGGACGCAGCUCAACGAAUCGGUCGAUGUAAAGGCAGGCAGACUGGCUGGUACGGAUAAAUUCGGUAACAAAUACUUUGAGAACCUUGAAAAGGAAAUGCCAGAAGCGGCUUGGCGCCAACGCUGGGUUCGCUAUGCCCAAUCUUCACCACUGGAGAACGCCUCACAAGUUCCAUCUGAAUGGCACGCGUGGCUUCACCACACCAGACUCAACGCCCCUCAUGAGGAUGAAGUUGUGAAGAAGAUCACAGCCCAAACGGAGCACUGGAGACCUGCUGAGAACCAUAUCGAAAAUCUCACUGGUACUAGAGGUGCUUUCACCACGUAUAACACAACAGCACCAAAGAUGUACCCUUGGCAACCAAAGGAGGAUCUUGAGAAUAUUGACGCGGCCAAUGCCAUUACAACUGACAAUGCACAACCGCAAUUGAAUGAACUGCUCCAAGACGCAGAGACAUGGCAAUUUAGCGACUACGACGACGAAGACGACAACAUCUCUACAAUUCCUCGCGUUCCUACGCGUAGAUCAAAGCCUGGUUUCGAGAGGCUCAGAGUUUUGGACGUGACCGAGGCGCGUUCUGAUAACAAUCGGUUGCAGAAGCUGCUCAAAUGCAGGCGUGCAAAGUCUAGCGAUCUUGUCUUGGUCAUUCUUUGCGACGAUUGGGUUGAGUCUCACGUUGCGAUUGACGACAAAGUUCAUGUUAUCGGCGACUUUGACAUCAAUGUCUCUAGUAAUAAAGAACCACUUUCUGUCGAUAGGACUGUAUAUGUCACAGCGAAGGAAAAUUUGUUUAUUCUUCAUCCCGAUAUUCUCAUAUCUGUCACUAAAGUCGCCGAUACAGCUUUCUGCUCUCGCAAAGCUCUGAUAUCUGAGCGUAUUCGAACGGUCGGUGAACAAAAAAGCAAGGCACUAGUGUACGGGAAUAUCAUCCACGAGGUAGUUCAACGCUGCUUAAGUGAUGGUGGCAACUUCGCAGAAAAGAACGUCAGGAAUAACCUGUAUUCAGUUUUGAAGAUUUACCUCGCGGAUCUAUGGGAGAGUGACUUAGAUUAUAACGCGUCGUUUGAAGAAUGCAACGAGAAACUCCAGAAACUGUAUAACUUUGGACAGACUUACUUCGGUGAUAUUCCCAAAGAUGAAGCAGAAAUUUACGAUGCUCGCGCUGGUCGUAAAGAUACACCAACUCUCGCAAUCAGCUCUUUGUGCGCCAUGGAGGAGGAUAUCUGGUCUCCAAAGUAUGGCCUGAAGGGUAAAGUAGAUGCAACAAUACGAGGAUCACUCAAUCUAAAAUCGCAAGGAAUGGUUAACGAUAUUGUGAUGCCGCUCGAGAUCAAGACAGGCAAAUCAACUAUAGGUAUUGAGCACAGAGCGCAAACUAUGCUUUAUAGCAUGAUGAUAGCAGAACGUUACGAGUCAGUCAUUCCCUCUGGUUUGCUGUGGUACACCACCGAUAAUUCCAUCAAGAGGAUAACACCAAUGCGAGUUGAGUUGAGAGGUUUGAUGAUCAAGCGCAACAUUUUAGCCCACCAUAUGUCCAUAAAAGAGCCGAGCAAGUUUCUCAAGAAAUUCAAGGGUGAAAAUGUUUCUGGUUUGCCUGAUAUCGAGGAUAGCAUUCUUCCGCCUACUAUUGACAAUAAACACGCCUGUCCUCGUUGCUUUGUCGCAGAUGCGUGCAUGCUUUACAAAAAGGCUUUAGAAGGACCUCCGAACCCAACCGAAUGUGAUAUACAUGAGCUAGUGGAGAAAAAGGCAGGUUCUCUCACCGUACAACAAACAGAAUUCUUCAGAGCAUGGGAGGAGCUCAUUAGCAUUGAGGAAGCCGACAGCAUCAAGUUUAGGAAGCAUCUGUGGACGUUAAAUAGUGACGAGCGUGAGAGGAAAGGCAUGUGCUUCGGUGGUAUGAAGAUUACUGACACAUCAACAAACUCCUUGCAAGCACAAGAUGCUCCCGUAACGUCUUACAGAACAGCCUAUAUCUACGAAUUCUCCAAAGUGCAAUUCGCGAAGCUCCCUCAUUCCCAAAUUGUUGUCAAUGAUGCGGUCGUUAUCUCAAUCGAGCCUGACAUUGUCGCCAUUGGAAAAGGUUUUGUUCUCUCGCUCACCGGUGAGAGUAUCACCGUGGGAUUGAACACGCCACUAAACAGCUCAGUAUUCGAACGUCGCUCAGACCUCAAUACACCUUCGACUGGCUGCUACAGACUUGAUAAGGAUGAACUUGGGACUGGUAUAGCUGCUGUACGUGAUUCACUGGCAAGUAUGUUCUACCCAACCACCAAUCCACGUCGGCGAGAACUGAUAGUCGAUCUCAAGAAACCUACGUACAGCGAUGAGCAUAUCCCCAGUGACCAGCACAGUAAGGCUUAUGACGGAUUGAAUGAUGAUCAGAGAAGUGCAGUCCAACGCGUUAUCAACACUAAUGAAUACGCUCUUAUACUGGGAAUGCCCGGUACAGGGAAGACGACGACUGUGGCUACAACAAUCAAAGAAUUAGUCAAGCGUGGUAAAAGCGUCUUGCUAGCAAGUUACACUCAUUCUGCGGUCGACACCAUUCUCAGAAAGUUAGACACUUCUGGAAUUGAGGUGUUGCGUCUGGGCCAGAGAAGCAAAAUACACGAGGACGUGUUGAAAUUUGUUCGAACUGUUGAUGAACGCACGCAAUCGAUAGAAGAGCUUGAUAGAUUAUUCUUGAAUCCUCAAGUGGUCGCUACUACUUGUUUAGGUAUCAACCAUCCUCUUUUUACUAAGCGUCAUUUUGACUACUGCAUUGUCGAUGAGGCAUCACAAAUUACGCUACCAGUUUGCUUAGGUCCCAUUCGAUUCUCAGAUAAGUUUAUCUUGGUUGGCGAUCACUACCAAUUACCUCCACUCGUUAGAAGUGAAUUCGCCAAGAAGAACGGAUUGGACAUUAGCUUGUUCAGGAGGCUAUGUGAACAUCAUCCGGAAUCGGUUGUUCAUCUUGCUCACCAGUAUCGUAUGGCGGAGGAUAUCAUGUAUCUAUCGAAUGAGCUGGUGUACGAUAAGAAGCUUGUCUGUGGCAAUGGCUCAGUUGCAAUGCAGAAGCUGAAUCUGACGAGCGCUUUCAAGAUGAAAGAGGAUAGUCAUUGGUUUACGCGUAUUAUUAACCCAGAAAAUCGCGUUGUGUUCGUCAAUACAGAUGAAAUUCCAGCUAGAGAAACUGUCGAUGGUGAUUUAGUCCAAAAUAUUGGCGAAGCUGCAAUUGUGACUAAAAUUGCUGAAGGAUUAUUGAGGCUUGGUGUAUCGGAAAACCAGAUUGGCAUUAUAAGCUUCUAUCGCAAGCAGAUAUACCACCUACAAAGCAGACUACAGAAACACAAGACUGUUGAAUUACUGACUGCUGAUAGAUCUCAAGGAAGAGAUAAGGAUUGCAUUAUAGUCUCACUUUGUCGAUCAAACACGAAGAAUCAGAUAGGUGAUUUGCUGAACGACUGGAGGAGAAUUAACGUAUCGCUCACCCGUGCUCGUUGCAAGUUGAUCGUCGUUGGUUCAGCUUCCACUAUCGCACUAUCGAAAAAGCUGGACGAGUUCGUCAAGCUAGUAAAGAAGAAAGGAUGGAUGGUGAAUGUACCAUCUGAUGCAGGGGUUUGUGAUACUCCCUCGUCUUCGCCAAAGAAGCCGGCUUUAUCAGUUUCGAACAGUUCGCAUCACAGUUCGCAAUCAAACGUAAUGCAAUCACGCUCUGACACGCCUGACAAACCCCUGAAGAGAAGGCAGACCAUCAAUCAGUCGCCUUACAAAGAAAAUAAGAAAAUCAAGAAAGAAGAAGACAGCGGAGCUACGCUGUCGAUCAACCAGGAUUUACUCCGUGAAGCGAUUUGA